UAUUCAUUAUAGAGUGAGACUACCUCACAUCAAAACUCAACAGAAAUGAGGGCAAAAAAGAAGCUUGUUAUUUUGUUUUCAAACAUUUUAUUCCAGUUAAUUAACGCUCGAAAACGGAGUGAAAUGACAGGCUUCAUUGUUGACGGAUUUUUAUCAGACAUAGAAAGUUUCCCUUUCGCUGUGUACAUCAGCAAAAGUUGUAACCUAUAUCGGAAUUCAAGCUGUGGGGCAUCGAUACUGAACCAAGUAAUAUUGCUAACAGCAGCGCAUUGUUUUAAGAACUGUGAUCCGUUUACAGUGAACGCUUAUGCUGGUUCCAUACGUAAACAUCAAGGCUUUAAAAAUAAAGUUUUAAGUUUCAAAAAACAUGAACAUUACAAUCAAGUCAGUCAUAUGAAUGACAUUGCUCUUUUGAGGUUGGAAACUGAAUUGGUUUUUGGGAGAGCAGUGAAAAGAAUAAUUCUGAUGAAACAUCCACCUAACAAUACAAAGGCUGUUGUAGCUGGUUGGGGCUGGAUAGAUUCUAAAGGUACAAGAGGUGACGUCCUAAAACAUGCUCCCCAAUUAGUGUUAGAUCGAGAACAAUGCGCCAGCCGUCUGGGCAAUACCGAAGUACCAGAGGGAAUGAUUUGUGGAGAAGAUACAGACAAUGUCGGGUAUCCUGAGAAGGGAGACUCCGGUGGUCCCCUCGUCGUCAACAAAAACAUUCAGAUCGGGAUCGUUUCCUUCAAAAGAAGAAGAUACACGAAUAGCACCAUCGCGUACACCUACGUGCCAUACUUUUACGACUGGAUAGUUAAAAAUGCAAGGAAAUUGUAUUGCAAAUACGAAAGCGAGACGCUUGAUAUGCAGGGUUUUUCUACUGAUGUGUCACAUUGUGAUCUAGCUACUCGUAGGGGUUACUUGAAGUUCCGCUGAUUAUAAAUGUUUCGGAGUAGUAACAAAAUUAUGGACUUAAAUGUUAUCAGAAAUAAAUCGCGACUUAUCCUUUAUCCCAUCAUCAUAGUCAUUAUCAUUAUAAGACCUUUGACGUUUUUACAGAUACUUUAAGAAGUACCUAUUUUUCCUUCGAUUUUUUUUUACUGGUGAAUUUACUUUAAAAAAUAUAACAAUAAUACGUCAAAUAGACCAUAGCAAAAAAAAAAAGAUUAUAAAUCUAAAAGAGGCUGCUUAAAUUCCACAAUAUUAGCAAGAGUGUUGAAAAAUACUUUGAAUAAAGAAGAUUGUAGGCACCAGGUGGCGCCACGGGGCGGUAAUGGCCAAUCACACGCCGGCCUGGCUGGGAUCGCAUC